AUGGCAAAAGUAUCAUCUAGGAGUGCCUCCUCCAUCAUUACGGCAUUCACAGAACAAUAGUAAAUCAUUAUUUGAUGGUAUAGUUAGGAAAUUCAAUUGUUGGAAGCCUAAAGAGAAUUCGAUGAAAUGACCAAAGAGAUCAUGUUAAGGAGAAAGAAAUUGAUGUAAUAAUUUGAAAAAGGGAAAAAAAAAGUACCAGAGAAGACAGAUGCAUCUAAAGCAGAGAAAUUUAAGAAUAUGGUAUUUUUUUUGAUUGAUUUAUUUAAGGAUGAGCAUUCCAUUCCGUUAACAGAGUUAGAAAAAAGAUUAGAAACAUCAGCUAAAAAUGGGUUGAGUAAGAGCCAGAUUGAUGCAAAAUUAUAACAGUAUGGAAAAAAUGUACUAUCUUCACGAGAAAGAACUCCAUGGUAUAUGAAAUUACUUCAUGAAUUAACAAAUGUUUUUGCUUUGUUAAUUUGGGCUGGUGCCUUACUGUGUUUCAUUGCUUAUGGUCUUGCACCAGAAGACCCUUCAAAUGUAUUUGAAAUUAGUUUAUGAUAGCUUUACUUAGGAAUAGUAUUAAUUGUAGUUGUUGUUGUUACUGCAGUAAUCACAUUUUUAUAGAAUCAAAAAUCAGAAGCAAUUAUGGAAGCUUUCAAGAAUUUUAUACCUCCUGAAACCUUAGUAAUCAGAGAUGGAGAAUAAUAAAAGCUUUAAGCAACAGAAUUAGUUCCUGGAGAUGUUGUAUUAGUUGAAUUUGGAAAACGUAUUCCAGCUGAUAUUAGAAUUAUUGAGAGCAAUGAAAUGAAGGUUGAUAAUUCUAGUUUGACUGGUGAAUCAAUGUUGCUCUUAAGAACUACUGAAUGCUCUCAUCCAUAGAAUCCUUUGGAAACUAAAAAUUUAGCAUUUUUUGGAACAUUAUGCAAAGAAGUAAUUCAAAUUAAUAUUUCAGGGUAACGGUAAAGGGAUUGUCUUAUUUACAGGAGAUAAAACAGUUAUAGGAUAAAUAGCAGGGUUGGUCGAAAGUUCUGAAAGUGAUGAGACUCCUUUAAAAUAAGAGUUAAAUGCCUUUAUUACUUAUAUUGCUUAUAUUGCCAUAUCUAUUGGAGUUGUGUUCUUUGUACUUGGAUUUGCUGUUGGAUAUCGUAUACUAAUAUUUAUAUUCUUUAGCUGCCGUUACUAAUCUAAUAUUUGCUAUUGGUAUUAUUGUUGCAAAUGUCCCAGAAGGUCUUUUAGCCACUGUUGUUGUUGCCUUGACAUUAACAGCAAAGAAAUUAGCAGGAUUGAAAGUCUUAGUCAAAAAUUUAGAAGGUGUGGAAACUUUAGGUUCUACUUCUUGUAUUUGUUCUGAUAAAACAGGGACAUUAACAUAAAAUAAGAUGACUGUUGAGAAUAUUUGGUAUAAUGGUAAAAAGAUGAGAGGUCAUAGUAGAGAGAAAAUGGGACCAGAAUUUAAAUAUGAAUAUGAUCUCAAAGAUCCUGGAUUUUAACUACUUCAUGAAACAGCUAUUAUAUGUUCAGAGGCUGUCUUUGAUAGUAGCUUACCAUAAGAAUAACAAAUUAAAAUACAAAAUUUAAUUGGUUUAACAUAAGAAUAAAAAGAUGCAAAAAUGGAAGAAGCUAAAGCAAAAUGGAAAGCAGCAUAUGAUAAAUUACCAUGUUAAGAAAAACCUACUGUAGGAGAUGCUUCUGAAACAGCUCUAAUAAAAUUCUUUCAACCAAUAAAGGAUAUUCUCUAAACAAGAACUUCCAGAAAUGUUGCUAGAGAUUUAAAUAUGAAAUAAGCAAGAAAACCAUUUAAUUCAACCAAUAAAUAUGCUUUUAUUAUUGUUGAAUAUGAAACAGAGAGUUCACAUUAUUGUUUAUUAACAAAAGGAGCUCCUGAGAGAAUUUGGGGACUAUGUGAAACAGUUUAUAAUAAUGGAAAAACUGAAGUAAAGGAUGAAAAAUGGGAAAAAGGAUUUGAUUAAGUGAAUGCCUAAUUUGGUAAAUAGGGUGAAAGAGUGUUAGGCUUUGCUAGACUUCAUUUACCAAAAGAAUAAUUUCCUUUAGGAUUCUAAUUCAACUUAGAUAAAAUGAAUUUCCCAUUUACUAAAUAAGCAUUUGUUGGAUUGAUAUCUUUAAUUGAUCCACCUAAAGAUAAUGUUCCACAUGCUGUUUUGAAAUGUAAAUCAGCUGGUAUUUAAGUUAUUAUGGUUACUGGUGAUUAACCAGUUACAGCAGCUGCCAUUGCUAGAUAAUGUAAUAUCAUUACAGAAAAAACAGUAAAUGAAAUAAUGGAAGAAAAGAAUAUCUCUUUUGAAGAAGCAUUUCAUUAAUCAAAUGCUUUAGUAAUUCAUGGAGAUAGAUUAACUAAAAUGGCAAUUGAUGAUGAAGGAUUACCAGAAGAUGAAAAGGGUAGAUAAUUAUAAGAAUGGCUUAGUAAACCAUAAUUAGUAUUUGCAAGAACCAGUCCUGCAUAAAAAUUAAUUAUUGUUGCUGGUUGUUAAAGAAGAGGUCAUAUUGUAGCAGUUACUGGAGAUGGAGUUAAUGAUAGUCCUGCAAUAAAAAAAGCAGAUAUUGGAAUUGCAAUGGGUAUUACAGGUUCUGAUGUUGCUAAAGAUGCUGCAGAUAUGAUUUUAUUAAAUGAUGAUUUUUCUAGUAUUGUUGUUGGAAUUGAAGAAGGCAGAAAGAUAUUUGAUAAUUUUAAAAAGUGUAUUGUUUACUGUUUGACUUCUAAUAUUGCUGAAUUAGUUCCAUUUUUAGGAUUUAUCAUUUUCAGAUUACCUUUACCAUUAACUACUGUGUUGGUUUUAUGUAUAGAAGUAGGUACUGAUGUCUUUCCAUCAAUGGUGUUUGUAUUUGAGGAUGCUGAUUUAGAUGUUAUGACAAGAAGGCCAAGGACUAAAAAUGAACAUUUAGUUGGUGGAUAAUUAUUGUGGUUCUCUUAUACAUAAAAUGGUAUUUUAGAAACAUUUUGUGGAUUCUUUUAAUGGUAUGUUUCAUUCAAUGAUUUUGGGUUUACUCCUACUACUCUCUAUUUCAUCUCAAAUAAGUAAGGAGUACUUCCAAAAGAGAAUGAUAUCUAUGAUCCAAAUGAUCCUUGGUUUGGUAAUACAAAUCUUAAAGAAAGUUAUAAAGAUGGAACAUGUACUGGAACUGAUUUAGAUGGAUAAGAAGAUAUUGAUUGGGUAUAUGCUAAUCAUGGUAAAUAUGAUUUAAGAAUGGCUUAUCUUAAAUGUGAAGAUGGUAAAAUUGUACCUAAUAUUGAAUUUGGUGAAUGUCAUGUUAAUUUGGUUUCUCCAAUAACUAAGAAGCCUUAUUGUUAUCAUACAGAAGCAUCAAGCUAUGCAUAAACUUCAUUCUUCUUUGCAGUUGUUGCUGGUUAAAUAUGUAAUUAUUAAGCAUUAAGGCAAUUGAAAAGUGCUGGUUUAUUCAAUGGUAUUUUAUUAUAUAUUAUUCUUAGGAUUCCACAAUUACUUUAUGAUCUUAGCUUACUUUGUCGAAUUCUUAUUGACUUGGAGUUUGUCAUAUCUAGAAGCAUUCAAUACUGUCUUUGGAACAAGAGAUAUCAUUUUUAUACAUUAUGGCAUAUGUGCAUUACCUUAUGGUAUGGUGAUGAUUAUUUGGAAUGAAGGAAGAAAAUUCUGCGUAAGAAAUUAUAAUUAACAUUCUAGAUUCGUCACUUUAAAUCAAAAACAGCUUUGCCAAGUUGGUGGGAUAGAUGCGUAGUUUAUUGA